UGCCUUCGCUGCUCGCUGGAAUUUUGUACACAUACCUUCGUCCAUCCAUUGUUGAAGAUCACCAAUCCAGAUCGUCCUAUUCUCUCAUUCGAUCCCUGAUUCUCUCGAUGUCGAUAAGAACCAUUAAAGUCAGCAAUGUUUCCCUAGGGGCAACUUUGCAAGACGUCAAGGAGUUCUUUUCCUUUUUUGGUGAUAUUGAAUAUGUUGAAAUGCUGAGUCAUACUGAGCGAUCCCAAAUAGCAUUUGUUACCUUCAAGGAUUCGCAAGGAGCACAGACUGCAGUCUUACUUUCGGGAGCAACAAUAGUUGAUCUGACCGUCACCACAAAUCUGGAUCCAGAUUAUCAGCUUCCACCUGCUGACAAAACCAAAUCAGCAUAUGCUGUUGCUGAGCAAAAAGUCAGUAGUGCUGGAUCAGCCCUAAUGAAGAACCCGUAUGUACAAACUGGAACUACGUGGGUGACUGGUGUUUUUAGUAAAGUUGCAAAGGCAGCUGGAGAUGUUGGCCAAAAGACAAAACAGAAGGUAGGAAUGGCUGAAGAGGAGCAGCGAAGGAAAAUGGUGGAUGAAUUUGCGCAGAUUCAUUUAUCCGAGUCACCUAAAUCACCAAAUCCGAGCAAUCUUCAAAGCCCGCACCGGCCAAAUCACCAAGAGUGGUAGUGGUACUGUUUUUGUGCGAAGGGACAGAAAUCAUCACAUUUCUCACCCUUUUUUUUUUUCUUUUAUUUUGUCCUCCACUUUACACCUCACAUGCCUUCUCUCUGUCUAAACAAUAAUUUUCCACCACCCAACUUUCUUUUUAUUUUAUUUUCUUUUCUUUUAUUUAUUACCCACUCACUUCUUAUGAUGAAAACACAAUGGACCCAACUUCAUGCCAGCCACAUGGGCCUGUCCCUCCGCCAAUGCUCUCAUCCUUUUCCUUUUUUCAUAUAUAUAUUUAUUUCGCCAACCAAUACCACUUUUUUUAUUCCUUAAUUUAUUUUAAUAACAUGAGUGGCCUCCUUUUUUCCACCAUCUCCCUCUUUUUCUACACAA